AGCACGACGACUUCAAGCGCUAGGGCACAGAGGAGCAAGGUAAUGUAGGCGGCGCGACUUCAGGUGCGCCGGGCACGGCGGCGGCGCGAUUUCAGGUGCGCCGGGCACGAUAAUUCUGGUUCUAUUUUUCUCCCUAAUUUUGCCUUCUGUUUUUUCGCCCUGAUUUUGCCUUUUGUUUUUCGGGCUUACUACGGUAUAUUUGUCGGGCUUCGUCGACUGUUGUUGGGCGUGGCUUCUUCUGUGCAGUCUCUCUCUGAGGAGAUAUUUUGCGCCAUUGGUGAUGUCCGUUCAAUAAGAUUUUGGCGGGACAAUUGGUUAUGUUACAUGCUUAUUGAUAAGUUGCAAAGUCCUUUACUUUAUGCUCAUCUGUGUGAAUCCAUUUCGGACUAUUAAUAUGAUGAGAAAUGGCAUCUUACUGAUGAUUUUUUGGAGGCUUAUUCGGAUGUCGGUUUGGAUAUUCUUGAUACCCCAAUAGCUCACAGCAGUGAGUGAUUCAAUUUCAAGGGCUUGGAUUAGAUUGGGUUUAGGGGAUGUUCUUCCUCAACUGCUUAUCAUGAGGUUUUGGAGCAUUUUCAUUCCUUGUUGGCGUCUCAUUUCAAGGUCACUUGCCUUUUCUGUAGAUCUGCUGAGUCUGUGACAUCGUGCUGAUUGCUUCGUCGAGAAGAUGAAGAUGAUGGAGGAGGAGUACACUAAUGUAGUGGAGAAUAUGGCUGAAGAGGAACGAUUACACUAAUGUAGUGGAGAAUAUCGUUGAAUUAGAUAAGAUGUCCCUGUAGGCAUUUCUAGAAAGAAAGUAGGUUUAGGUAUCAAUUGCUGUCGUGCCAACAUGCUCUACUCAAUAUUUUCUUUCACUUAUGUAACUCAAGCAACUGGAAUCAGCUCACUCACAUGGUGUCGAAAGAGAGACUUCCUUUUACACUGGGAUUUCUUGGCAGAAUGGUUGGUACCAUUUAUGUAUCCAUGGUGCUCCACAGCUACCUUCUUUCCGUUUUCUUUUCUGUGUUACAGGUGCUGGCUCUCCUCUACUAUGCUGUCUCCUAUUUCCCCGGAGGGUCGGCCGGACUAAGAUUUCUUUCUUCGACGCUCACCUCCUCCGUCCUCGGAUGCUUCGGAAGUUGACUCUAGCUAACCCUCCUAACCUCCAUGUCUGGUUUUGAUUUUGCACACGAAGCAGGCCUUGUCGAAGGGAAGCUCCUUGCUGUUAUGCUAGCAUGUAAAUUUGAAGCUUAGAAAGAUCAAGAUAUAUGUUGUGGAUAAAUUAAAGGUAUGGAUGCCAAUUUUUUUUAUAUGAUCAGAGCAGGUAGAUAGAUUUCGGGUGUUUAAUUGAAACAUACAAAGCUAAACUAGCAGUAUACUAUGUAGAAGUGUUCACACCA